AUGACUCCCUCAAGUUUGGCAGUCAACAAACCCUUACUACAUAAGGACGUGGUAGGAAGGGGGAAUAACGCGGGAGACUGUCCCACUGCCCUUCCUGGAGAAGAGGAAGACUCCGGAACAAAGCGUGGGAAUGGCAGAACGGCCCUCAUACUUUUGUUGGGAGAAAGCGAGGACCCUGUAAAUUGCGCACACAGCGCUUUGCACGUGAAAGCCCCGGAUUACUGUCAGCUGUGGGUCCUGAUACUCAGGCGCAUCUGCAGGAGGGCCUGCUGCCCGAGGCCGGCUGGGGCCCGGAGCGGCGCAGGGGCGGAGGCGCAGGCCCGGCCGGCCCCUGGCGGUCACGCGCUCUCUAGGUGGUUCUUUGCCUGCUUGCGCCCCAGAACUCCCCGUCACAGGCACGCACCGCUCCCAGGGGCUCACGGCCUCCCCUCCCCUGAGCAGCUCAUCUAUGAACGGUUGUCAUGGAGCCAAAAAUCACUGGACUCGAAGAACCUGAAAGAUUGGUUCGGCCCUUUCAUUAUCCUGAUUAGAAACAGCCCUAGAGGUGACGUGAUUCGCCCAAAGUCGUGCAGCUUCCUGGAACUCGAAACCAAUCGGAAGACUUCCGUGGUGGUGUUCUCUCCGCCGUUCCCGGGUUACCUCAGAGCCUUGGUAUCCGCUGUGAAGAGGAGACAAGGGGCCGCCGAGGGAGAUGAUUGGAGGAGGUAUUAUUCGGAUUUGGUAACUGCUUCCGGCAGGAGGAUAUUUUCCUAGAAGGGGGAUUACUGCGUUGAAGGGUAUAUGCACUGUAGAAGGCUCUUCACUCAGAACCCCUCCAGCAGCAAGCUGGCCAAAACUGGAUUAAGAUCAGGAUUCGUUUUUAUUUAUUCUUUUGUCACCUUGAUGGAACAGA